AUGGCGGCGACGAAGCCGAUGAGCUCCGACGUUCAUCGGAUUGCAUCUGUCAUGGACGAGCUAACACAAAAACUUACACUUCUUACCUUUGUUAGCCCCCAAGUAUUAGAAGCAAUCCAAGAGAAUGAUUCUGGGCAUGUUGCAGAGAUGCUCGGCCCUGAUGUACUGAAACGCAUGGGCGAGCAAACUAGACUUGAGGAGCUAUAUCAUGGGAGCGCUGCAGCCAGCGAGGAAGCUGGCGUAGCAUCACUAGAUGUUGAUGAUUUACAGGAAAUCGCCGAACAGCUAGAAAAGAACACAAGGGACUUGUGUAGGAAGAUGAGAGAAGUGCCUAACAUAGUUCAAGAACUCCGUGCUCUACAGGAAGCAAAACCUGUCAACUCUGUGAAAUUCGUACAUGCCUUGGCAGAAAUGCAGGAAGUGAUGCUGAAACGCCUGACGACUGCUGUGGAAGAUGAAAAAGCUAAUGAAGACCUGCUGCAGAUGUAUCUUCAGCAGGAGAGGUCUGCAGAAGAGCGCCGUUCCGAGCUGGAGGCACAGUUGGCACAGCUACGAUCUGAAAGGCAAAAACAUGCAGCUAGAUCAUCAGAAGCGAUUGCUAAGCUUAAAUCGGAUCUGCAUGAUAUCCAAAAUAGCACGGAACAACGGCUUUGGCAGAUGAACGAGGAAUUCGCUAAGCGUGACGCACAACAGACACGUGCAUUUCAGAGGAAAAGUGGAGACGCGGCUGCGCUCAAGGCCCAGUUAGAAAAGCGCGGGGCAAGUCAGGCAGCAGCAGCAAGGGAGGAAAUAGACGCUAGGAUCCGCAACCAAAAAAUAGCGAAAAGAGAUCUGGAAAACGCUGUAAAGGCUCUUGACAGGGACAUUUCCCAGAAAGAGAGAGAGAUUCAAGCAAUGAGGCUGAAGAAUAAAGCUGAUGAGGAGUCUUUGGCUUCUCUUACCAAAGCUCUAGAAGCAAUUGACGAAGAGAACGAGAGAAAGGCGAAUGCGAUAUGCAUUUCAAAGGCAGUUUUUGCAAGAGCGGAAGCAGAGCGGGCCAAUAAGGCAGCGGCAGCCUGUAUUCUCCAAUCAUACUGGCGUGGAAUCAUGCAGCGCGAAGAGUACAUCGCGCUGAAGAAGGCCGCAGCACGGAAGGCUAAGGGGAAAAAGAAGCCUAAGAGCUGA